AUGUCCUUCGACAGACCCCAAACCUAUGCGGCCCCGGUCCUCGCCGGCGAAGACGUGGGCGAGAACGACAACUCCGAGAUCGUCCGCUCCUUCCACAACUUCGUCCUCGAGUUCCGUCUCGACGCGCACUUCGUGUAUCGAGAACAACUCCGCAGCAACCUGCUCGUCCGCAACUACCUGCUCACCGUCGACACCGCCCACCUCAUCGGCUACAACGAGGACCUCUACAAGCGCCUGUGCGACGAGCCCACAGACGUGCUGCCCCUCUUCGAGCACGCCAUCACCCAAGUCGCCCGGCGCAUCGCGCUCUUGGCGCGCGACGCCUCCGCCGACCCCGGCGCUUCUGCGGACGCCACCGCUGCUGCCGCUGCCGCCGCCGCCGACGAAGUCCCCACUUGCCAACUGGUCCUCGUCUCAGACGCCUCCGAGACCGCGCUGCGUUCGCUGGGCUCCGAAAACGUUUCGCGCAUCGUGCGCGUGAGCGGCAUCGUGGUGUCCGCGUCCGUGCUGUCCUCGCGCGCCACUUUCCUAACACUCAUGUGCCGCAACUGUCGCCACGUCACCACCUUGCGUCUCAAUAGCUUUGGAUCCCUCGCGGGCGGUAACGUGUCGCUGCCGCGUGCAUGCAUGGCCGACCAUUCUCAAGAAGCAGGCGCCAACCCUUGCGGCCAAGACCCGUACAUGAUCGUCCACGAGUCCUCCCGCUUCGUCGACCAACAGUUCCUCAAGUUGCAAGAAAUACCAGAACUCGUCCCCGUGGGCGAGAUGCCCCGUAACAUCCUCAUGUCCUGCGACCGCUACCUCACCAACCGCGUCGUCCCCGGCACCCGUGCCACCAUCGUCGGUAUAUAUUCCAUUUACCAAGCCAAGAGUCGUUCCGCGGGCACUUCCGGUAGCGGCGGCCGCGCGGUCGCUAUCAGAAACCCCUACAUCAAAGUCUUGGGCAUCCAAACCGCUAUCGACGGCAACCACAUGGGCAACCUGGGCAUGUUUUCAGAAGAAGAAGAGGAGAAAUUCCUGACUUUGAGCAGACGUCCCGAUCUCUACGACGUAUUCGCUCGUUCCAUCGCUCCAAGUAUCUACGGCAAUGACGACAUCAAACGCUCCAUCGUUUGUCUCUUAAUGGGUGGGUCCAAGAAAUUGUUGCCCGACGGAAUGCGUCUAAGGGGUGAUAUCAACGUCUUGUUGUUAGGUGACCCCGGUACUGCCAAAUCCCAACUGUUGAAAUUCGUCGAAAAAGUAAGCCCCAUCGCCGUGUACACCUCCGGUAAAGGUUCCUCUGCAGCCGGUUUGACUGCGUCCGUUCAGCGGGACCCCGCUACACGCGAGUUUUACUUGGAAGGCGGCGCCAUGGUCUUGGCAGACGGUGGUGUGGUCUGUAUCGACGAAUUCGACAAGAUGCGUGACGAGGACCGUGUGGCCAUCCACGAAGCCAUGGAACAACAAACCAUUUCCAUUGCAAAGGCCGGUAUCACCACCGUUCUGAAUUCCCGUACUAGUGUGCUUGCAGCCGCAAAUCCAAUCUAUGGUCGUUACGAUGAUCUCAAAUCCCCCGGUGAAAACAUCGAUUUCCAAUCGACUAUUUUGUCCCGUUUCGAUAUGAUCUACAUCGUCAAGGAUCACCACAACGAGGAAAGAGAUAUAUCCAUCGCCAACCACGUUAUGAACAUUCACACCGGGAGAUCAACUGCUUACGACGAGGAGCAAGAAUCCUCCGGUGCUGAAAUCCCCAUCGAUCUCAUGAAACGUUAUAUCACCUACUGUCGCAUGAAAUGUGCUCCUCGUCUUUCCCCUCAAGCUGCUGAAAAAUUAUCGUCCCACUUCGUUGCCAUUAGGAAAAGGUUGCUCAUCAAUGAAUUGCAAAGCGAGCAAAGAUCCUCCAUCCCCAUUACCGUUCGUCAAUUGGAAGCCAUCAUCCGUAUUUCAGAAUCUCUGGCAAAACUCGAAUUGAGCCCAGUUGCCCAUGAGCGCCACGUAGAUGAAGCUAUUCGAUUAUUUCAGGCGUCCACUAUGGAUGCAGCAUCUCAGGACCCAAUCGGAGGUAUGGGCCAAAAUCCAGACUUGGUACAAGAUGUGAGGCGUAUUGAAGAAGAGCUCAAGAGGCGGUUGCCUGUGGGCUGGUCCACAAGCUACCAGACGUUGAGAAGGGAGUUCUGCGAGCAGAAAAACUAUGCUCCUGCCGCCCUUGACAGGGCUCUGUAUAUUUUGGAACGCCACAGUAUCAUUCAACUGCGACACCAAGGUCAAAACAUCUAUAGAAGUGGUGUAUAA